AUUCCAGUUCAGUUUUCUGUCGACUCUUAGAUGUUACGGUUCGUCGAGGCGGUUAAAUGAAUACUCGCAAAAAAUUGAAACCAUACCGAACACACUGUUAAAAGUUUGUAAUAAUCUGAAGCCUUAUUUUAAAAGCUAAAAAAAAAAUAAUAAUUAAAGUGGAAAGGCAAAGAAACCUAUAGCGAAAAAAAAAAUAAAAAUUAAAAAAUUGUGAUUUUUUUGUAAUUAUUAAAAAAUAAAUUAAAUUAAAAAAUAUAUUGAAAAUGGCCUUAAAUAUUUUUAAUAAAAUAAAUCUAGUGAAAUGUUCAUUGUUAAUCAUGAUUGUGCAGCAGUUCAUUUUAAAUGGCUCUGCAAUCAAAUGCUUCGUCUGCGAUUCGGAGGAUAAUCCAAGUUGUGCGGACUUAAAAUCGAACAGCAGCAUUGUGGCUGAGGAAUGUACACUGGAUAAAAUGAAAUCGAUAAAUACUUGGCUUUUUGAAAUAAAUAGUUUUGCCUAUUUCGAUACGGGAGCGAAUCGAAGUCCGCUGAUGAACUGUCAGAAGGUGGUGGCCAGACAACCUGUCACAAAUAAAAUGGUAACGGCUCGAUUUUGUCAAUUAAAUACCGGCGAAUCGGAUGCCUGUGCCAUUCUGAAAUCCAAGCUGCGUAUACCCAAUGACGAUGCGAACGGCUAUAACAACAAUUAUCGGAAUGGACGGCAGGAUGGCAGUGGCGAUCCCAGUCAGGAGUUUUUCUGUUCCAUCUGUACUACAGAUAAUUGCAAUGCUGCUGGAAGUAUAAAUAGCCUAUGGAGUCUGGUGGUUGGAUCCGCAAUUGUGGCUAUGCUAAGGUUCCCAUCACAGCAAUUGUUAUUCUAUAAAAUGUGGUGAAAAUCUAUGUGAAGCAGAGGGUGAAGAAAAUAUUGUUAAGUUUUUUUUUUAAUUAUUCAUAAACAAUUU